CGGCGGGCUCCGGGCUGCUCCGUCCUUGCCCAGCUCCCGGGCCAGCGCGGCAGCGGGGCCACGAUGAAGAAGCAGUUCAAUCGCAUGCGCCAGCUGGCCAACCAGACGGUGGGCAGGGCAGAAAAGACUGAAGUUCUGAGUGAAGACCUUCUUCAGGUAGAGAAGCGCCUAGAACUGGUGAAGCAAGUUUCCCACAGCACGCACAAGAAGCUCACUGCAUGUCUCCAGGGCCAGCAAGGGGCCGAGGCUGACAAGCGUUCUAAAAAGUUGCCUUUGACAACACUGGCUCAGUGUUUGAUGGAGGGGUCAGCUAUCCUGGGAGAUGACACACUUCUCGGGAAGAUGCUGAAACUCUGCGGAGAGACAGAGGACAAGCUGGCUCAGGAGCUGAUCCACUUUGAGCUGCAGGUGGAGAGAGACGUGAUCGAGCCCCUGUUUUUGCUGGCCGAGGUGGAAAUCCCAAACAUUCAGAAGCAGAGGAAACACUUAGCAAAGCUGGUGCUGGACAUGGAUUCUUCACGAACGAGGUGGCAGCAGACUUCCAAGUCUUCAGGUCUGUCCGGUGGCUUGCAGCCUGCGGGUGCCAAAGCUGAUGCCCUCAGGGAAGAAAUGGAGGAAGCUGCCAACAGAGUGGAGAUUUGCAGGGACCAGCUCUCAGCAGACAUGUACAGUUUUGUGGCCAAAGAAAUCGACUAUGCAAACUACUUUCAAACGCUCAUCGAAGUGCAAGCAGAGUACCACAGGAAGUCACUGGCCCUCUUGCAGGCCGUGUUGCCUCAGAUAAAAGCACAACAGGAGGCCUGGGUGGAGAAGCCUUCCUUCGGGAAGCCUCUGGAGGAGCACCUGAUGAUCAGCGGCCGGGAGAUCGCCUUUCCCAUCGAGGCCUGUGUGACAAUGCUGCUUGAGUGUGGGAUGCAGGAGGAGGGACUCUUCCGAGUAGCGCCGUCUGCCUCCAAGUUGAAGAAGCUGAAGGCCGCUCUGGACUGCUGUGUGGUGGAUGUGCAGGAGUACUCAGCAGACCCCCACGCCAUCGCAGGAGCUUUGAAAUCUUACCUCCGAGAGUUGCCGGAACCUCUGAUGACCUUUGAACUCUAUGACGAGUGGAUUCAGGCUUCCAAUAUUCAGGAGCAAGACAAGAGGCUUCAGGCUCUGUGGAAUGCUUGUGAAAAAUUGCCCAAGGCCAAUCACAACAACAUCCGAUACUUGAUCAAAUUUUUAUCCAAGCUAUCAGAAUAUCAAGAUGUAAACAAGAUGACUCCCAGUAACAUGGCAAUUGUGUUAGGACCCAACCUCCUGUGGCCACAGGCGGAAGGGAACAUCACGGAAAUGAUGACCACAGUUUCACUGCAGAUUGUUGGGAUCAUCGAGCCCAUCAUCCAGCAUGCAGACUGGUUCUUCCCUGGGGAGAUAGAGUUCAACAUCACAGGGAAUUAUGGGAGUCCCGUACACGUGAACCACAACGCCAACUACAGCUCAAUGCCCUCCCCAGACAUGGACCCUGCUGACCGGCGCCAGCCCGAGCAGGCCCGCCGGCCCCUCAGCGUUGCCACGGAUAAUAUGAUGCUGGAGUUUUACAAAAAGGAUGGCCUUAGGAAAAUCCAAAGCAUGGGCGUGAGGGUCAUGGACACGUCCUGGGUGGCUCGAAGAGGCUCCUCGGCCGGCAGGAAGGCGUCCUGCGCCCCGCCCACCAUGCAGCCCCCCGCGCCGCCCGCCGAGCUUGCCGCGCCUCUGCCGUCGCCCCUCCCGGAGCAGCCCCUGGACGGCCCCGCGGCGCCCUCGCUGUCGCCGUCGGGCUUGGGCCUCCAGCCCGGGGCCGAGCGCACCAGCACUUUGAAAAGCAAGGAGCUUUCUCCGGGAUCUGGGAAAGGAAGUGCAGGUUCCAGCCAGGGGACGCCUGGUGCAGGGACGCAGCCGGGGGCACAAGCAGGCGCCAGCCCCAGCCAGCCACCCCCCGACCAGAGCCCGCACACUCUCCGGAAAGUUUCCAAGAAGUUGGCUCCGAUUCCACCCAAGGUCCCCUUUGGCCAGCCGGGGGCUGUGACCGACCAGUCCGCCAGCCAGCCGUCCCCGCUCAGCCUGUCCCCCACCCCACCGAGCACCCCAUCGCCCUACGGACUGAGUUACCCGCAGGGGUACUCCCUGGCCUCCGGUCAGCUCUCCCCGGCGGCGGCCGCGGCCCCUCCCCUGGCCUCCCCUGCUGGCUUCCCGAGCACUGCAGCCAAAUCUCGGCCCACCCCCAAGCCCCGACAGAGACCCACCCUGCCGCCCCCUCAGCCUCCCACAGUCAGCCUGCCAGCCCCGAGUCCACAGUCCACGGAGCACCCCGUGCUGGACGGCAUGGCCCCCGGGGAGAGCAUGUCGACAGAUCUCGUCCACUUUGACAUCCCCUCCAUCCACGUAGAGCUCGGGCCGCCGCUCCGCCUGAGCCCCCUGGAGCACGCGCGGCGACACUCGGUGACAGAGAAGAGGGACUCGGAGGAGGAGUCUGAGAGCACCGCCCUCUGA